AUGGGACCAGGGCCUGAGGAAACUUCGUCAUCAAACCCAAAAGGUUCAAGAACUGCUGACUUUGGCGCUUCCAACUCGAGCAAAGACCUCCACCACGCGCACUUGCAUGCAGCUCCGAAGACCAGCCUCUCCCCCCUCACUGGCGCAGAACACCGGGACAAACUCGAGAGGCGCUUGCAGGCCCAGCUGAGGGAUGGAACCCGCAGCAAAAAUGUCAAGCGACUUGGAGACCCUCUAGUGAAGCACCUCCUGCGGGUGGCGGGCAACGCAGCCUACAGGGACUUGCGGCAAAGUGUCAUAGCCACGGGGAGAACGCUUGUAUGCGAGCUACUCAGCAACUUCCCUUGCAGGCGUUUGGCCGUGCGUCGUCGAAGCUUGGCAGCGCUACAGGCUCUACUCCCUUCUUUAUACAGCGCUGGAAGUCCUCCCCUCAAUGAACAAACCAGCAGCGCAACGCAUGAUGCCAAAUUUGAACUGCCUCUCCAGGAUGCGAGGCACUCCGACUACUUCAAGACGCGCUCUCGGCUCAACACAAACGUCGAGACGCACUUUGUCAGCAACAGAAUUCUGCGGAAGGUGGCGGGCUUUCAAUCUUACGACGACGGCUGCGUUGCUGAAAUGCGAAUGCCAGACCAAGCCGAUGACUUCGCGGACAUUCGACUGCUGCUCUGCCUGGGCCAUAUUCCGCCGUCUCUGGGACGAAUCGAUCAGUCGACGAGAGCAUCAAAGCACUCCCCGGAAGGCCUGGAUUCUGGAACAGUUGGAACAUUGCUUAGAACUGCAGCUGCUCUGCAGUGGCAGGGUGCUUGGAUCUUGCCGUCGUGUCCCGAUGUAUUCAACCCGCUUGCAAUAAGAGCGUCACAGGGAGCUCUCUUUUGGCUACCGUAUCGUCGAGGCAGUGUAGAGGAACUGGUUGAGCUUUGUCGGGCCAAAGAGCUGGCUUUGUGUGUGCCUCACGAAAGCGGCAGCCCCGUACGAUCAGCAGGGCUUUUUGAACAAGAAAAGAAGGGUGUUUGCCUUGUUUUGGAUUGGAGUCUAAUGAAUAGUGCGAUAAUGGGCAGCAGCAGAAAGGAACCAAGAGAGGAUUCCACCAGUUUGCCUGAGAGCUCCCAUGCUUCAUCAGCGAUUUCGAAGGACGCAUCGAGACGCGCGAAAGCAGGAAAUUCUAUCUUCAAGCCGGACAUUUUUGUGUCGCUCGAUGCAGACAUCGCCCCGGAAGGAACUAUGCAUCUUCUGCAUCCGAUUACCGUAGCAUCAAUGUUGAUUUACCACAUCAAGCACGUACACUUUCCCUCUCUAACCGGCUCACCUUAUCUUUUUUCUGUGAAACAGAGCACUAAGGCUAUGUGA